CAUGGCUCCAUCAAUGUCCCUCUUUGGAGAUGUGAGAUCAGGAGGUGGUGCACAGUCUCCAGUGAUGUUAAACAACAUGAGGGUGUAUGGCUCCAUCUUGUUGAUUUUACUAAUUGCAGUGGUUUUUAUUGGUGUCAAGUAUGUCAACAAAUGUGCCUCUCUGUUUCUGGUCUGUGUGUUGUUUUCCAUCUUGGCCAUCUACCUCGGAUUCUUUUCUGCACAUGCUCGGGAAAUGCCCAGGAUCUGUUUGUUAGGUGACAAGUUAUUAGCCAGUAACAGUUAUCAUGAGUGUGCAAGGAAUGAUACUUUACUAAAUGCAACAUACAGAAAUGAUGAGACAUUCUGGAGAGAAAAUCUUCUGAGUGAUGUGGUUGGAGUGCCAGGCAUUCCCAGUGGGCUUUUUGUUGAGAAUUGGAACAGUCAGUAUCUGAAGAAGGAUGAAGUUUCUCCUGGUGUCCAGGCUGGUGAAUAUCAAGGGGAAGUGAGAUCUGAUAUCUCCACAUCAUUUUUCAUUCUACUGGCAAUUUUCUUUCCUUCUGUCACUGGUAUCAUGGCAGGGUCGAACAGGUCUGGUGACUUGAAGGAUGCACAGCAGUCUAUUCCUAAGGGUACAAUAGCAGCCAUAACAACUACAUCUGUUGUCUAUCUCACCUCAGUAUUACUGUUUGGAGCAACAGUCCAGGGCGACUUACUCAGAGAUAAGUUUGGUCGUAGUAUCAACAGUGUUAUGGUCGUAGCUGAGAUCGCCUGGCCUCCCACUAAGUGGGUGAUUCUGAUUGGUUCAUUUCUAUCCACCGUGGGAGCAGGAAUGCAAAGUUUAACUGGUGCACCCCGGUUGUUGCAGGCCAUUGCUAGAGACAAUCUGAUUCCAUUUCUCAAUAUCUUUGCUCAUGGUUCUAAGUCUGGUGAGCCAACUCGUGCCUUGGUUCUGACAGGUUGUAUUUCAGAAAUUGGAAUUCUGAUUGCUAACUUGGACUCAGUUGCUCCCAUAAUAACAAUGUUCUUCUUGAUGUGCUACGGAGUCGUCAACUUGGCUUGUGUGCUACAAUCACUGCUUAAGACCCCAAACUGGAGACCGCCGCGAUUUAAGUAUUACCACUGGUGUUCGUCUUUCCUGGGCAUGUGGUUGUGUCUGGCUGUGAUGUUCAUCUCCAGCUGGUACUAUGCUCUUGUUGCUAUGAUACUAGCAGCUGCUAUUUACAAGUACAUUGAAUUCCAAGGGGCAAAGAUUGAGUGGGGAGACGGAUUCAGGGGACUGGCGCUGAGCGCAGCCAGGUACAGCCUGAUGAGACUGGAAGAGGGUCCACCUCACACCAAGAAUUGGAGACCUCAGAUUCUUGUGCUCUGCCCGCUAAAGAGUAAUUUAGAGCCUGAAUUCAGACGCCUUUUGAGCUUGGCUAGUCAACUUAAACACGGACGUGGUCUUACAAUGGUGGGAUCCAUUCUAGAAGGAGACUUUAAAGAAAGAACAGAAGAUGUAGCUUUGGCAAAGGAGGUUUUGCAAGGCUGUAUGAAAGAAGAAAAAGUAAGAGGUUUUAUGAAAGUGAUCGUGGCCUCCAAAGUGACAGAGGGGAUUUCAUUCCUGACGCAGAGUUCUGGCCUUGGAGGCCUGGAACCCAAUACCCAGAUGAUCACAUGGCCCGAAAACUGGCGAGAAAAAGCGCAGUGGAAGAGUUUUGUCCAUACCGUCCGAGCCGUUUCCAAGAGUCAACAAGCCCUACUCGUUGCGCGUAAAAUAGACUCGUUCCCUAGCAACACAGAACGCUUGGAAGGCAAUGUGGACGUUUGGUGGAUAGUUCAUGACGGGGGUUUAAUGAUCCUGAUCCUCUUCCUUUUAAAACAUCAUAAAGUUUGGAGGAAAUGUAAUCUGAGGAUUUUUACAGUAGCGCAACUCGAGGACAACAGCAUUCAAAUGAAGAAGGAUCUGGAAUCUUUUAUGUACCAACUUAGAAUCAAGGCACAAGUUGAAGUCAUUGAAAUGAUGGACCAAGAUAUCUCAGAGUACACUUACGAGCGCACGUUAUUGAUGGAACAGAGGCAUCAAAUGUUACGCGAGAUGCACUUAUCUCGAAAAGAAAGCAAACGUGAAAUUCAAGACGUUGUAGAGCAUUCUUACCGGAGGCGAUCUUUGUCCGGAAGACGGUCAAAUUCCGAUAAUAGAACUGGUAGAGAAAUGGAGAACAGGAGUAACCCUGGCAAGGAGUCGCACUCUGACGAGCAGGGUUUGAGUUCAUUUGAUAGUAACAUGAAGAUUUCGGAGGAACCCUCAACUAAAAGCGACGACUGUACAACAGAAGGCGACUUAGAUAGGAACAAAACAAACGUAUACAGUUCCACUCCGGAACGUGACUUAAUUUUUACCUUACGUGGCAAGGACGUUAUUGUGGAUAAAAAUAAAGACAGUGAUAAAGAGACACAGCCCGGAAUCACUUCAUAUACAAAUGACGGCCAAAGUGCAGUGGAUGGGAAAGCAAGUUUGAGAGGAACACCGAAGGAGAAGAAUCUGCAAAGAAUGAACACAGCAGUGAAACUGAAUCAGCUUGUAAAAGACAAGUCAGCAGGAACUCAGCUUCUCGUAAUCAAUUUACCUGGAGCACCGGCAGAGGAAAACGAUUGGCUACACUAUAUGGAGUUUCUGGACGAGCUAACAGAAGGAUUGGACCGUGUGCUUAUGGUGCGUGGGGGAGGACGAGAAGUCAUAACCAUAUAUUCGUGACGUCAUUUGCUCGUGUCUGCAGAGAUUUUCUACGCAGAUUUUUCGCAUAGAAUGUGAUAAAGAUAAACAACAGUUUCGAUUUGAGAAACAUUUUUAUCGGUUAAGUUUGAUAUCUCCUGGAAGUCAAGUUAAAAAAGCAUUUAAAAAAGAUUUGAUUCAUCUCGAUAAAGAGAUUGUUUUAAGCUAUUUAAGUUGUUACAGAUUUUAUUUAUUUCGAAAUAAAAAGAUAGA